GUCAGCCGGUCGACAGUGAACCAGUUAACUUCCUCUGUCAUGGCGGAUCUGAACCGACAGCUUCAGGAGUAUUUGGCCCAGUCCAAAGGUGGCGGCGCCAAGACUAUCUCCCAGUCCAGCUCCAGCACCUCGGUGGACCUGGACGAACCGGAACAAGUAUCUGGGAGCUGGUUCGGGCGGUGGUCGAGCCCAUGGUCCGGGAUCCGCCGCGGUAGCCCGUCCGGCCAGAGUUCCAGCGGAAACAGCGGCUUUUCUUGGCCGUGGUCGACCGAGCCGGACCCCUGCCUACCGGGCAUGAGCCGCCGGCAACGGUUGGUGGCCUUCGGGGUGUGCGUGUCGUUUUCCGCGCUGUGUUUCGGACUGUCGGCGCUGUACGCGCCGCUGCUGCUGCUCUACGCGCGCAAGUUCGCGCUGCUGUGGUCGCUCGGUUCGCUGUUCGCCAUCGCCGCGGCGGCGGUGCUGCGCGGCCCCAGCAGAUUGGCCGCAGGCCUGCCCACGUCUCCAGGUGCCGCAGUCUACCUGUGCGCCCUCGGAGGGACUCUGUACGCGGCGCUGAGCCUCCACAGCACCGUGCUGACCGCACUGGGAGCCGCCCUGCAGGUCACCGUCAUCGUCGGGUACGUGGUGUCGCUGCUGCCCGGGGGGAGCGCCGGGAUCCGCUUCAUGGGAGGGAUGGCUGCGUCUGCCAUCAAGAGGACCGUCACCGGGAAAACCAUGCCAAUCUGAGCGGACAGAGGUCACAGACCCGCGGCGGGGUUACACAUCCAUCAGGCUUAAAACACUGAUUCCCAGAACAGGGUCCAGGGCCCCCAGAGGCCGCUGAGGAGUCUCCAACGGGUCCCUGUUUGUAAAGGACCAACUUCAGUCCAUCCCUCUGCAGCCUGAUUAUUGAUUACUGGCUGCAGUUAAGAUACUGAUAUCAGUCAAACAUCUGGCUGAUCAGAGGAUCGACAUGUUAACUAAACCCUGAACACUGACCUGCAGGACAGAAGGCUGCUGGUCGGAGGACCAAAUAAAGUUUAAGACGUUUCAACUGUGAAACUUUAUUUUCUGAUGUACUUUGAAUGGAUAACAUGUAUCUGGGUGGGAGGUUACUGUGGAUGCAGUUGUGAGUGAAGAAAACCAGGAAAUAAAAAAACUAAAUAUGUCUGGUUUCAUGAAUUGUCUGUGACCUCUGACCCCUGAGCUGGUGUCACUGACUGGACCAGAUCCAACAAAUCCAUUAAAGUCAAUAUUGAGUGUUGAGAACUCAAAGACAUUUCACAUGUUCUCUGAGCUUCUUUAGGUUGGAGUAUCUCAUCUUUGAACACUGUUCAGAGAUAUGAAGCCCAUCGCGUCCUUUAGCUCUGAACCAGCGACUCCAGCAUCCUGUCAAGUAUCCGUUGUGGUUCAGUAACGGUGAAUCUCGGUGAAAGCGGCUGUUUGUAGUCGUCUGUGGCUGUAGAUCAUUUAGAGUUACAAACAUCAGCUAUUCCUUGAUUUUAUUCCAUAUUAAAAUAUUUUACACAACACAUUUGUACUGUACUAAGCCCGGCCCUGGCCCGCGAGGAGCUGUUGUUGAAGUGUGAAUCUUUAUUGUCCACUUCAGUGGAGUCAGUGGCAACACAAAAACAUAGAAAUCUUUUACAAAAAGGACGAAAAGCAACAAGCUGAAGACACAGUGUUCACUCUGAAAUAAACCGAGAGACUGAGAUACAAAGACGAUAUUUUACAUUAAAAUAAUUCUGUGCUUCAGUGAGGUGGAGACAGAUUGUCAAUGAGACACUUUAUUGGUUUACUGUCCAUCUACCUGUCGGCUCAGGUGCUUCAUCGAACUGCUGAGUCAGUCUGGACCAAUCAAAAACACCGUCCUUCACAGCAGCAGAGGUCCAAAUGUGUCACAUGACCAAAAGUUUGUCUGGAGGUUUUUCAGGAUCUAGACUUGGUCUCAGGCCUGUGGAGGGCCCAGCAGGGACGAGCCCACCGGAGGAGAGGAAGAUCGUGGGAGUUUCUUUCUUCAGGACUACCGGCCCCGGCCGCCACCCCUCGGCGGUCCUCUUGGUGCCGGCCCUCCUCUCCUGGGGACCGGUCCUCCUCCGGGACCCCAGCCACCUCGUCCACCUCGACCCGACGGACCGUAACCGUCCUCCCUCUGAGGGGGGCGACCUGCAGGGAAGCAGCAGAGAAGGACUGUUUGUUAUUACAGAAGU